CCAUUAGCACGCUCAAUCUCUCCUGCUGUCACCAUGCAAUCCACUCUCCCACCUGGCUUAGACGUGACAGAAGAACUGGAGAAGAUAUCGGAAGGAGGCUCUUCGCUUUGGUUAGACUUCGAAUCUGUCAGGCUAUAUACGAACGCGUUCAUCAGACAGGAUGAGAAGCUCCUGCUCGGAUACAAGAAGAGGGGUUUUGGAAAGGAUUUGUUCAAUGGCUUCGGUGGAAAGGUAGACGUAGGGGAGACACCUCUGGAGGCAGCUAUUCGUGAGCUUGAGGAGGAAGCUGGCAUAACAGCUCCUUUGGAGCAUUGCGGCACUCUCUUCUUCACUAGCACAGACUCGAAAGAAGCAGCAUAUAUAGAGGUCUUCUACGCGGAACAAUUCUCUGGGACAGAGAUGCGUCCCCAAUGGUUCGCAAUAUCCAGCGCCAAAGAACAAGGCUUGGAUCCUAUUCCUUUUGAUAAGAUGUGGGAAGAUGAUCGCCUUUGGAUGCGCCUGCUGUUGGGCGGCUGUCACUUCGUUGGCCGCGUUGACUUCGGUCCAGACGCACAUCUUCAGAAAUGGUGGUUUGGAGUGAGACCACGUUCCAGCUGA